AGGAACAGGCUCCAAACCGACGCCGGUUGAAAACGUGCCGGGACCAGGCGAGCACCCCUGCACCCCACGCCCCAGGUGAGCAAGGACCGGACCUGCGUGUGGCGGAUGGAAGCUUUAAGAAACAGCAAAAAAAGCGGAGUGGAUUUAAACCCCCCUGUUUAUAAAGAAGCAAACGGCCACUGAGGGGACCCUCUUCGCCGACCUCGCCUCCCCGCCCCCGCUCCGACCGCAGCGGGGCUCGGCCGCGAUGUCCCGUCGGAGCUGAGAAGGCGAUGCGCAGCGGGGCUCCCAGGGCUCUUUCGGGGGACGCGCCGCAGCGGGAGUCAUGACCUCCAACUGUACCUGCGAGCUCCUUGGGCGCGGCGGCACCCUGGCGAACAGCACGGUGUGCACAGAGAUGCUGAAGGGCUGUGGAGGCAGCUCCGUGUCCGUGUCUGUGUCCGUGGGAGUCACGCUCCUGUUACUGCUGGCGGUCUGCGGGCUCGGGGGCUUCUGGUGCUGGAAGCGCCGGGACGCGGCCCAGCUCCCCCUCCCGACGUGUCUGCGAAGGAGCGGCAGCAGGGGGAGGGACUCUUCCAAAACCCUGUCCCUGCGCCCCCACGCCCUCCGCUCAAAGUGCAAGGCCCCGGGGGGAGCCCAAGGCCGCAGACCUGCCGCAAGAGAGGCUGACCCCUGUGAGGACUACGAGAACUUGGAAGUGGGUCCCCCCAGAGCGGAGGAAGCCGACCAGGGGCUGUACGAGAACACGCGGCCGGCCAUCUCGUCGGAGCACGUCUGCAGGAACGAGGCGUCGCCCUAUUACAACUUCCAGAGGCCCGUUUCCCCCGAGGCCGCUCAGGAUGAGGACAUAUACAUCCUCCCGGAUUAGUCAUAUACCUGACUCCCGGCCGAGGGCCAGGCCUCCUCCAGCCGCGGGCCCCUCGCCCCGCGUGAGCGCUGUGCGGUGCUGCGUGGACUCUCCCUGGCGCGCUGCCUGCCUCUGCCGCCCCCCUCCGCGCCCGCGUCUCCUGGCUCAGGGGCCAUCC